AUGUCAUCCAGACGCGAGAAUGAUGAACCCGCAGAGCGAAGUGAGCCUCAAAGUCAGCGUUAUGAGGAAGAGGAUGUCAUAGAUGAGUUAUUCAAUAAUGAAAAUGAAGAUGUUGAAGACGAAGAAGGCGAAAAUUUGUUCGGAGAUGAUAUGGAAAGAGACUACCGGGCUCAGCCCGAGCUCGACAUAUACUCCGAGUCUGGAAUGGACGACGCUUCAGACAUAGAUGAAUUAUCUAUAAGUGGACGGCUGGCUGCUGAAAGGGAAAUGGCAGAAAGAGAUCAGCUGCUAGACGAGGAUGCGCUAUUCUAUGAGGAAGGAGAUGAAGAACAGAGGAGACGAAAAAGACGGCGUGCUGUAGCCGAAGAAGGAGCUGGUGAAGGUGAAGAGAUGGUCGAAGAAAUGCCCAUUGAUAUCCUGGAGAAUUUGAGAGGUCGCUCAACGAAGGACCAUGUUUCUGAUGAAGCUGUGGCGAGAGAGAUAGAGAGAAGGUUCAAGAAUUUCCUCCGGGCAUUCAAAGAUCCGGUCACGCGAAAAGCAAAGUAUUUGAAGGCUAUGAGUCAGAUGGCCUCUGAAAACAAGGAGUCUUUAGAAGUCGAUUUCCGGGACCUUGCAGAUGACAGCGGAGAACCGAACAUCUGCUACUUUCUACCGGAAGCUCCCGUUCAGGUACUGAGGAUCUUGGACAAAGCUACGACCGAUGUAGUUUUAACAAUUUAUCCAUACUAUGGUCGCGUCUGCUCGGAAAUAAAGGUUCGCAUAUCCAAUUUACCAGUCGAAGAAGAUAUUCGUAUGCUGCGCCAAAUUCACCUCAACAUGUUCAUUAAAACAAGUGGUGUUGUUACUGUUGCGACAGGGAUCUUACCACAGUUAUCCGUCGUCAAAUACGAUUGCGUCGCUUGCGGAUACAUUCUUGGUCCUUUCAUACAACGCGAAAAUGAGGAAGUGAAACCAACAAUUUGUCCAUCAUGUCAAGGAAGAGGGCCAUUCGAACUUAAUGUUGAGAACACUGUGUACCAUAACUAUCAGCGCAUCACGAUACAGGAAUCUCCUAAUAAAGUAGCUGCUGGUCGCUUGCCCCGCUCAAAGGAUUGCAUAUUGUUGGGAGAUUUAUGUGAUUCCUGCAAGCCUGGCGAUGAAAUUGAAGUAACUGGAGUAUAUUCCAAUAACUUUGAUGGAGCUUUGAAUUAUAAGCAAGGUUUUCCUGUCUUCAACACACUCAUCCACGCAAAUCAUAUUUCGAAUAAGGACAAACUCGCGUGUAGCCAACUUACAGAUGAUGAUGUGAAGGCAAUACGUGAGUUGUCUAAAGAUCCGCACAUUGCUGAACGAAUAUUCGCAUCCAUCGCUCCAUCCAUCUACGGUCAUGAAUACGUGAAACAAGCCAUAGCGCUUGCAUUAUUCCGCGGAGAGUCUAAAAAUCCUGGAGAGAAGCAUAAAUUAAGAGGUGACAUCAACGUUCUUCUAUGUGGGGAUCCAGGAACUGCGAAAUCGCAAUUCCUACGUUUUGCUGCUCACACAGCUCCCCGUGCAGUGCUUACGACUGGACAGGGCGCUUCAGCUGUUGGGCUGACCGCUUACGUACAACGUCAUCCUGUUACUAGAGAAUGGACACUGGAAGCUGGAGCUAUGGUUCUGGCUGAUAAGGGAGUAUGUCUGAUAGAUGAGUUUGAUAAGAUGUCGGAUCAGGACCGUACUUCUAUUCACGAGGCAAUGGAACAGCAGUCGAUUUCUAUAUCGAAAGCUGGGAUCGUGACUUCACUUCAUGCCAGAUGUACAGUUAUUGCAGCUGCCAAUCCUAUCGGAGGGAGGUACAAUCCUUCUCGUACAUUUGCGGAAAACGUGGAUCUUACGGAACCUAUUCUAUCACGUUUUGAUGUGCUUUGUGUCAUCAGAGACACGGUGGACCCGGUCGAAGAUGAGAGGCUUUCGAGAUUUGUUGUCGGAAAUCACAUCAAGUUACAUCCCAACCGUCAAGCUAGUGAGGACGAAACGAGCGAAGAGAGUGGUGUUGAUGCUCGAACUGGAGUGGCUUUGGUGCCUCAGGAUUUACUGAGGAAGUAUAUUAUAUUUGCCAGAGAGAACUGCCAUCCAACUCUUCAACAAAGACACUCUGAGAAGCUCGCUUCAGUUUUUGCUCAAAUGAGGAAGCAGAGUAUGGCCACCGGAUCAGUUGCAAUCACCGUUCGUCAUGUUGAAUCGAUGAUCCGUUUGUCUGAGGCGCAUGCAAAAUUACACUUAAGAGCGUUUGUGAACGACGAGGAUGUGCAAGCUGCGACGCGAAUUAUGCUUGAAAGCUUCAUAAACACGCAGAAGGCUUCCAUAAUGCGUCAAAUGAGAAAGACUUUCUCGAAAUAUCUCACGGCGAACCGCUCUUCUAGCGAGUUGCUCCUGUUCAUACUCAAGCAGCUCGUAAAGGAGCAAAUGCAUUAUGAAGCUGCUAGAGGCAAAGGAAGCAAUGUGGCAUCGGUUGCUAUAGCGGAGUCGGACUUUAUCGACAAGGCCCAGCAAUUCAAGAUUGAAAACGUGAAGGCCUUCUACUCUUCUGAUCUGUUUGCUGCCCAUCACUUCACCUACGAUGAUCAACUUAAACAAAUAACUCAGGCUAUUUUCUAA